AUGCGUAGCUUACAGUUAGCUCGAGAGCACGCCUCUAGUGACCACGAACGUCUGGUGUAUGAAGGAUGGAUCUUAUAUGACACUGGUCACUGUGAAGAAGGGCUUCAAAAGGCUAAAGAGUCCAUCAGAAUCAAGAGAUCAUUCGAAGCUUAUUUUCUCCAAGCUUAUGCCUUAGCAGAGUCUAGCCUGGAUCCGUCUAGUUCAUCAACCGUUGUUUCUCUUCUUGAAGAUGCUCUUAAAUGCCCUUCUGAUAGGUUACGGAAAGGACAGGCUCUAAACAAUCUUGGGAGCGUCUAUGUAGAUUGUGAGAAGCUAGACUUAGCUGCUGAUUGUUAUAUAAACGCUUUGAAAGUGAGGCACACACGAGCGCACCAAGGCUUAGCUCGAGUCCAUUUCCUUAGAAACGACAAAGCUGCAGCUUAUGAAGAAAUGACCAGACUAAUCGAAAAGGCUCAAAACAAUGCAUCAGCUUACGAGAAAAGAUCCGAAUACUGCGACCGUGAACUGGCCAAAUCUGAUCUUGAAAUGGUCACACGGUUAGACCCUCUCAGGGUCUAUCCUUACCGUUACCGUGCUGCGGUGUUGAUGGAUAGUCGGAAGGAGGGAGAGGCCAUUGCGGAGUUAUCACGAGCUAUUGCAUUCAAAGCUGAUCUCCAUCUACUUCACUUAAGGGCGGCUUUCCACGAGCACAAUGGUGAUGUUAGUAGUGCGUUGCGGGACUGUCGUGCGGCGCUCUCCGUGGAUCCUAACCAUCAAGAGAUGCUUGAACUCCAUAGCCGUGUUAAUAGCCAUGAACCAUGA